UCGUAUAUGAAAUAUUACUUUAAGAAACAUACCAAAAAGACAGUGCAAGAUUUGUAUUAAAUAUAUAACUUUUCUUUGAAUCCUGUGAAUAAUAAAAUGCAACGCACUAGAUCGGGCGCAACAGAUAUAAUAGCCUACAGCGAGAGUGCUAUUAGAAACAAUACUUCGGUUGUGGAAUAUUGUCGUACAUCAAUGGCAGCCAUCGCCGGCUCUGCUGCAGGUAUUCUAGGUCUUAGCGGGCUGAUGGGCUUCCUGUUCUAUUUCCUUUCGGUGCUAGUUUUGUGGCUUUUGGUUUUAAAAAAAUCGGGUACACAAUGGCGUAAAUAUUUCAUUAGCCGACAGAGUUUGCUGACUAAUAGUUUUAUGGGCGCCCUUUGCACCUAUGUACUAUUUUGGACUUUUUUAUAUGGAAUGGUACAUGUAUAUUAAAGAAACAUUUCAUUAA